ACUUUAAUUCACGUUUCGCAUCUUUCAGCAGCAUCACAUUAAGGGCUUAAAUAGGAUGACAGAAGCUAUCAGUGAUGCCGUCAAAAGUUUUCUCAUAGCCUUUGCCGAUCAUAUCCGUGAACAAAAUAUACCUCUCAUUAAUUCAGCCUACGAAAGCGGCUGGAGUAAGAUAACCGAAAGAUACUAUAAACAAGCAGAAUGGCCAUCUCCCGAUGAUGUGUCAGUACUCGUAAAUGAUGAAAUAUUCAUACUGCUUUAUAAGGAGAUGUAUUACAGGCAUUUAUUUGCCAAUCAAAAAUUGCAUCAAGGAUUGACACUAGAGCAUCGGAUUGCCUCUUGGAAAAACUACACCGAGAUUUUUGACUUUUUGCUACAACGCGAAACGUCACCUGAAAUAGAUCUUCCUUUGCAAUGGGUUUGGGAUAUGAUCGAUGAAUUUAUUUAUCAAUUUCAAGAAUUUCAUCAGUAUCGUCGCAAUAAAUACCGUUCUAAAAGCGACACCUCUGUUCGACAACAAUUCCAUUCUAAUUGGGAAGUAUGGAAUGUUCGAGCUGUUCUUCAAUAUCUGACUGAUUUCAAAACAAAGUCCAAUAUUGUGCAAGUCCUGAAUCAUGGAAAUAAUUCAAACUUUAAUUCAUCAAAUAGCUCAUCCACUACCACGUUUUUUGAGUUAUUACCCAUUUACCUUCAAUUUGGUUACUUCAGUUUGAUUGGCCUGCUUCGAGUUCAUUGUCUGAUUGGAGAUUAUUAUUCUGCACUAAUGAGCGUAAUGCCUAUUCAAUUCGAUAAAAAAAAUCCUUACUUUAUUACUUUCGCAUAUGUUACCCUCUACUACUAUACUGGAUUUGCAUACAUGAUGAUUCGCCAGUUUGCUGAUGCCAUUCGAACAUUUUCACACAUCAUUCUUUACAUUAGCAAACCAAAACAAACGCAUAUUAAAUCUCACCAGCUCGAAGACAGUCGCAAGAAAAACGAACGCAUGUAUUCUCUAUUGGCCAUUUUGGUAUCUUUUUGUCCACAGCGAAUAGACGAAUACGUUAAAACUGUUUUGAAGGAAAACUUUUCAGAAAAAAUGGUUCACAUGCAGCGCGGAGACAUUUCUGUUGUUGAAGAAUUAUUUAUCUUCGGAUGCCCCAAAUUCAUUACUCCUGUUGUAGAUCCAGAUGACUUUGCUUUGGCAAUAGGCCAGGACAUGCUUAAAACUCAAGUAAGGAUUUUCAUUAAUGAAAUUAAACAACAAAGUUUGCUACCUGCUAUAAGAAGCUAUUUGAAGUUAUAUAAGACUAUUGAAAUCGCAAAAUUAUCCAAUUUAUUGGAAAGAAAAGUAGACGAAGAUGUGCUUCAAAAGAACCUACUAUGCUACAAUCAUAAGACUAAAAGUAUUUCUCACGUAUCUGGGCAAAAUCGAAUUCUAGCUGGAAAGGUGACAGCAUAUUCAGACAUCACUUUUUACAUUGAAAAAGAUGUAAUACGGACGUUUGACACAAAGGCACCAAGGCGCUAUGCGGAAUAUUUUACGAGGCAAAUCAAUAAAUUUGACGAUUUGAUCACCGAGUUGACAAGAGAUCAAGUUUAGACAGAAAUGCACGUAUAUAUACUAAAAUAACUGUCCUUACGCCAGAUCCAUAUAAAGAAGAUGGACGUAGUUAAUACUAUUAUGACAGCUUUUAAGUACUCUUUAUAUCUAAAGCAAAUGUAAAUCUUCUUUCACACAUGUUUUCUCGGAUUUAGUCGUGUCAUAGCAGAUUAACGUUGCAACGCAGCUAAAAAAGCUAGUUAUUUCGAAGUUCAGCCAAUUUUACUAAACCGAACAUACUUCAACUCGAUGCAGAUAAGUUUAUUACUCAAUAUAAGUAGUAAUCUAACUUUUACUGCUUAUGACCUCCUAGUUAGAUUGCCUGUUUUGUUGCGUUCUUUA